AUGCUCCGUGGGAGGGGCAGAGCUGUAUAAAACCAGUCCACUCCGUGUGUGCACUCUGACAGCUCUCUGAGGACGUUUUCUUGUCAGCGGCGCCUCCGGGAAUAACCAGAUUGAAACAAUGGAAGACCUUUAUGUGGCCAACACAAUCUUUGCCCUCAAUUUUUUCAAGCAUCUGGCAAAUACUAGUGCCACCCCGAAUCUCUUCUUCUCUCCGUGGAGCAUCUCAUCUACCAUGGCCAUGGUCUACCUGGGUGCCAGAGGCAACACUGCAGACCAGAUGGCCAAGGUGUUUCAGUUCGACAAGGUUGUUGCUCAGAAGACCCCAGUGAUCCCAGUGAACCUCACCGGUUGUGAACUCAUGCAACAGAUCCAGAAGGGCACUUAUCCUGAGGCCAUUUUGCAGGCACAAGCUGGAGCGGCAGUCCACUCCUCGUUCAGCUCUCUCAGCUCGGCCAUCAAUGCGUCCACAGGGGAGUAUUUAUUGGAGAGCGUCAAUAUGCUGUUCGGAGAGCAGUCGGCGAGGUUCAAGGAGGAAUAUAUGCAACUCUCCAAGAAAUACUACUCUACAGAACCCCAGGCAGUCGACUUCCUAGAAUGUGCUGAAGAAACCAGAAAAAAGAUUAAUUCUUGGGUCAAGACUCAGACCAAAGGCAAAAUCCCAGACUUGUUACCUGAAGGUUCUGUAGAUGAGGACACCAAGAUGGUCCUGGUGAAUGCUGUCUACUUCAAAGGAAAGUGGAAAACUCCAUUCGAGAAGAAACUGAAUGGGCUUUAUCCUUUCCGUGUGAAUGCGAAUCAGCGCAAACCUGUACAGAUGAUGUACUUGCGUAAAGAACUGAACAUUGGCUACAUAGGUGACCUAAAGACUCAAAUUCUAGAACUCCCAUAUGCUGGAGAUAUCAGCAUGUUCCUGUUGCUUCCUGACGAAAUCAGUGAUGUGUCCACUGGCUUGGACUUGCUGGAAGAUGAAAUAACCUACGAUAAAUUCAUUAACUGGACCAGCAAAGACAAGCUGGCCGAAGAUGAUGUGGAGGUAUACCUCCCUCAGUUCAAAUUAGAAGAACGCUAUGAACUCAGAUCCAUUCUCCAGAGCAUGGGCAUGGAGGAAGCCUUCAGCCAGAGCCGGGCCAACUUCUCAGGAAUGUCUGACAACAAUGACCUGUUUCUGUCCCAAGUGUUCCAUCAAGCUACUGUGGACGUGAACGAAGAGGGCACGGAAGCAACUGCUGGCACCGGGGCCAUUGUGUCAGGAAGAACUGGCCAUGGAGGCCCACAGUUUGUGGCGGACCACCCUUUCCUCUUCUUUAUCAUGCACAAAGUCACCAAGAACAUCCUCUUUUUUGGCAGGUUUGUUUCACCCGAAAAUUGAAAAGUUCUGUUUCUACACAGGAUUUCAUAGUAUGAGCUGUAAGCCUCCGGAUUGCAUUAAGUGCCAAGAAUUUAGAGAUUUUCCUACACAUUUCUGUUUUUUUCUGAACAACUCCUACUAGACACUAAUGAUAAGUACAGCAAUAAGUAGAUAGCUGUCCACCAUAACAUUGCAAGCCUAUUAAUCAUUUGGUUUCCUAAGUGGGAUGAUGCCCCACUUAGGUCUUCUUUACUAUUGGUUAAUUGUAUAACAUUAACUUCUACUAUAUUAUUUAUUAUUUUAUAUAAUGGUUUUAAUUAUUGUUCACUGUCAGUUUUAUGCAGCUGAUAGUUGCAGAAGCAGGCUAUCAGUAAUUUUUCUAUCUAAAAAAUGCUUUUACUUAUUUGUAUAAUGAGGGAUGAGUGGUUGUCCUUCUCAUGCCCUCUUAUAAUAAAUAACUAGAAGAAAGCAUUGAACAACAGGAAAAUAUAUGUUACAUACAUUUCUAGUAUUGUGUAUCACAUAGGUAUGUCUGCGACCUAUGUAAUAUUGCAAGUGUAUGAAAAAAAUAAACACGUUUCCACACAA